UGUGCAUGCUAAUGACCAUAACUAGACUGCCGUCUGCAGGCUGUCCUUGAGCUUGUGUGAUGACAGCAGCUUUGGAAAGAGCUUUCAAGCUGGCGAUGGCUGGACAGGCUCACAAACUCACAUGCACGACCAGCAAAGCAGUCUUGCCAACAUUGUUUAGCAAAGCAUGACACCGGUUUCCUGGAGAGUGUCAUCAGGGAGAGUAGAACACACCGCUCCAUCCUUGUGCGUUCAGACAUACACACACACGCAGUGGCCUUUCCUUCCUCUGCUAAAUUUAGUUGCCGUUGCACCUCUGAGACAAACACACUCAAGGAGGCUGCUGUUGAAUGGAAUCUCAUGACAUCACAGGAAGAGAGGCAGAGGGGGGAGGGGCCACGUGACUGAAUAACAGACAUGUCAUCACCCUGUUAGCAUUUCAGAUGACAUCAUCAGCAGUUCUGCAUUUGAACUUUCGUCUUAAAGGGACUUCUGGUUAUAAUUUCAUCAAACGGCCACUGGUCUGAUAUGUUCAAGAGGGUGGUUUCAAAAGUGCAGCAAAACUUGAUGAUUUCAUCAGGAGUGGAAGGAAUAAAUCUGUUUUUCCCCCUUCCAGCUGAGAGAGCAGGUUAAACUCGGGGCAAAACGACAGAAAUGCAACCCCCGCGGCACAAACUGUGACUGAAAUCUGGGCAGGCGAAAUCGUUUCUGCUGGAGAGCCCAUCAAAUGAGCUUGUUCCGUUCCUCAUGUCCUAAUUCCUGUGUUCAGGAAGAGGCUAGGACCAGGAGUGCUGAUCUGGCACUGGGUCUGCCGUGUCCCUGAUGAUCUAGAUCACUGUGAAGAGAAAAAUAAAACAGGCCUCCUAUUUUGAGAUGCUCUAUGAAUGCAGCUCGAUAUCUCUCUCUUCAACACCUCCAUCCACCUCCACAUAUGCACCGCGGGGCCUGUGUUCUCGCUCUCUCUCUCUCUCUGCAUAAUGAGAUUAAGAUGUGGUUUCCUGACAUUGUGGAUCUCCUCUCCCCCCACGCCGAGCUGAUGGCGAGUGGGUGUCGAAUCUCGGCUAGGCGUCGGGCCCGCGUGGGGUCUGCGUGGGAUGCUCGGGAUGUGCUGCACUGGCAGGAAAUUGUUUAAAAAUGAGUUAUAAAACCCAAGCAGUUUCCCUGCCAACUCUCUGCCACCCUCCGUCCUUUGAGACAACAAAAAGAGGCAGAGAGUAGGAAGUUAGCGAGCGCAUUGUGCAUGGGGCCCAUCCCUGUAGAGGAGAUUCACAGAGGGAAUCUAUUACAGGGAUCGUGAACUUUGACAUCAGCUCAUAAAAGUGAAGAUCGACUUGGAGCCAGAGGGCAAAGUGUUUGUCAUCAUUGAUCUGUCGGGAUCCUCCAGUGAAGCUGCAUCAUCCAAUGAAAAUGAGGAGAGAGUGUUCCGUGAGCGGAUGCGUCCACGGAAACGGCAGGGAGCGGUCCGGAGGCGCGUCCAUCAGGUCAAUGGUCACAAAUUCAUGGCCACUUACCUGAGACAGCCCACCUACUGCUCCCACUGCAGAGAUUUCAUCUGGGGUGUGCUGGGGAAACAGGGGUAUCAGUGUCAGGUGUGUACCUGCGUGGUCCAUAAGAGAUGCCAUGAGCUCAUUAUAACAAAAUGUGCUGGCUUGAAGAAACAGGAAGACACUCCUGAAGAGGUUGGCUCCCAGCGCUUCAGUGUAAACAUUCCACACAUGUUCAGCAUCCAUAAUUACAAAGUCCCCACCUUCUGCGACCACUGCGGUUCCUUACUUUGGGGACUGAUGCGACAAGGCCUGCAGUGCAAAGCCUGUAAAAUGAAUGUCCAUCGGCGUUGUGAAAGUAAUGUAGCUCCUAGCUGUGGUGUCGAUGCUAGAAAAAUUGCUAAAGUGCUCUCUGAUCUCGGGGUGACACCAGAUAAGAUCUCCAACACUACCCAGCGCAGGAAAAAGUUGACUCCAGGGCAGGACCCUCAGCAACCUAUAACAGAAGCCCCCUCAUUAGAAGAGUCUGACCGAUGCAAAUCAGCUCCAACUUCACCUUGCGACCAGGCAGAGCUUGCAGAACUGGAGAGUAUCCGCAAGGCCCUUUCGUUUGGUCAGGAGCACAAGUCUUCGUCCUCUUCCACAAGCAGUGCCAUUCAGAGCUCAGCGACAGAGGGCCGGGAGAAUGGAGAACUGAAGACUGUCCAGACGAAGAGGAUGAGUCUCACGGACUUCUCAUUCAUCAAAGUGCUGGGCAAAGGCAGCUUUGGCAAGGUGAUGCUGGCAGAGCUGAAAGGCACAGAUGAAGUUUAUGCUGUGAAAGUUUUGAAGAAAGACGUCAUCCUUCAAGAUGAUGAUGUGGACUGCACUUUGACAGAGAAACGCAUUCUAGCCCUGGCUAGGAAACAUCCCUAUCUAACCCAGCUAUUCUGCUGCUUCCAGACAAAGGAUCGGUUGUUCUUUGUUAUGGAGUAUGUGAACGGAGGAGACCUGAUGUUUCAGAUCCAACGCUCACGAAAGUUUGAUGAAGCUCGUUCCCGUUUCUACGCAGCUGAGGUCACAUCUGCACUUAUGUUCCUGCAUCAACAUGGUGUCAUCUACAGAGAUCUGAAGCUGGAUAACAUUCUGUUGGAUGCUGAAGGCCACUGUAAACUGGCCGACUUUGGCAUGUGCAAAGAGGGCAUUCUGAAUGGGGUCACGACCACCACCUUCUGCGGGACCCCUGACUACAUUGCACCUGAAAUCCUGCAGGAGUUGGAGUAUGGCCCAUCGGUGGAUUGGUGGGCUCUGGGCGUUCUCAUGUAUGAAAUGAUGGCCGGUCAGCCUCCGUUUGAAGCUGACAAUGAGGACGAUCUUUUUGAGUCCAUCCUCCAUGAUGAUGUGCUUUAUCCUGUGUGGCUCAGUAAAGAAGCCGUCAGCAUUCUGAAAGCUUUCAUGACAAAAAGCCCCAGUAAGCGUCUGGGCUGUGUGGUGACCCAAGGACUGGAGGAAGCCAUCAAAGUCCACCCUUUCUUCAGAGAUAUCGACUGGGUCUUGCUGGAACAGAGGAAGAUCAAGCCCCCCUUUAAACCUCGUAUUAAAACCAAGAGGGAUGUGAACAACUUCGAUCAGGACUUUACUCGUGAGGACCCUGUGCUGACGCCAGUAGACGAUGCCAUCAUCAAACAAAUCAACCAGGAUGAAUUCAAGGGCUUCUCCUACUUCGGAGAGGAGGCUGUGUCUUAAAGUCUAACUUGAUGUCUGUCAGCACAAAUAUAUGUUAAACACACCUACAAACACUCAAAAACCCACAUCGCAUCGCAAUACAUGAACACACACUCCACAGAUGUUCUGAAGACGGGGCUCAGACCGGACAAGAGCAGAACCAUCGAUCCCUGUGUUUCAGUUCCCCUUUACUGCUGUUUUCAUUUUUUAUUAUUCUCUAAAUCUCUAAAAGAAAAAAGAAACUGUACUACACAUGGAUCUCAUCGCAGGCCUGAACAAGUUUAGCAAACCAAUCAGAAAAGCGAAUGUUUUCCAGAGCCCAAGAAGGAAGGGUCGGAACGCACUACCUUAAACCAAAAUUGACGAUACCAGUGAUUGUACUAUUUCGGACUCCAGUCAGGUCUUCAUUAUCCCUUGAUGGAAAGGUCUUGCCCUUGAGGAGGAAUUUACCCUGCAUAUGUGACAAUUGACAUGUUGUGCUGUGCAGUCAAAUGCCUUUUUGUGUAUUCAGGUGAAAUUUUGGGAGCAAUUUUCUAAAAUAUACAAAGACAUUUGUAGUAUAUAUAUAUAUAUAUAUAUAUAUAUAUAUAUAUAUAUAUAUAUAUAUAUAUAUAUAUAUAUAUACACAUCAGUGUUAUGAAGGUCCAUUUAGAAUGUUAACCUGCUGUAUAUGGGUUGUGUUAAGAAGUGUCGGCCUGAGUAGUUGUGUGCAUGACAUGUAUGUGUCCGUGUGCAUGUGUUUGCAUGAAUGAGAGCGAGAGGCCCUUGCCCUCCUGAAGCUCUUAGGUAGUUUUCAUGUUGUUUUGCAAUGGCUUUUCAUUUGUGCUCGACUGUUUAAAGACUGCAGUGUGUGCGUGCGUGUGUGUGUGUGUGUGCCGUGUCCCACCUCUAUGCAUAAUAAGGUAUAGUCGUGGACAGACGGACCAGUACCCAUAGCUGUCCGGUCAUUGUGUAUAGCAACAUGUACAUAGUAUUCACUCCAAAAGCCUGUGAAAGCUUCUUAGAGUAGGCAAUUGUUUGCAUGGUCUUGCAAGUUGUGUCGUUAUUGAGUAGCAUCAGUUUAUGGAAAGAAAAACAUGUUUUUGAUAUCUAUGUGCAAUACCCUGAACACAUUUCCCCAGUUGUUUUCUUUAUUUUUUUCAAUUGUUACGUUUCGGUUUCUCUCGUGUGUGCUGAUUUUCAUAGGUUAGAGCUUCACCAAAGGCUUUUCUCGCUCUCUUGCUCAUGCUUCUCUCUGCCGUUUUCAUGUAUAUAGUUUGCUGAAGUACAUAAGCUGUGGAAUGUAGUGGAAAAUGUGUGAGCUCUUAAUUUAUUCAAUAUACAUGUAGCUACGCUUCCCUUUUUGUCAGUAAGUCCGUUUUUUUCCCUUUGCAUCAUUUUGUGUUACUUUAUUUUAGACAAUGAAACCUUGUUACACACCUCCGUACAUCUUUUAAAGUUUUUGUUUUAAAAUUGUGUGAACCCCCUGUAGUUGAAUCAUUAACUUGUGCAAUGUGAAAGACUCUAAAGGAGUGAUGAACUAAGCGGAAAAAGGGUACAUUUCAGGCGUACUAAUUAAAACCUUCUGGAAUGUGACGACCUUUUGUUUUAGCAUUUUAAAUGGCGAUUUGAAUAAGAUGUGUUUUAUUCUUUCAAAAGUGGUUGCUGUCUUUAAACGUUUAUUUCUGUCUGAAGUUUCUUUUUGCUUCAACAUUUUGUUGCUUUUUUUUUUAAAUGUGUCUGUGGGUUGAUAACGGUAGCUAGGUCAAUGUUGCCGAUUGUCUUUGAAGCCUUUUCUCUCACAGGCGCUUUCCUGUCAGUCGCCCUCAUGGUAUCAUGCCAAAUGUCUUGUUCAGCUUUAUUUUCUCCCGUCGUUUCCUUUUUAAUUGUAAAGGAAUGAACUUGAUGUAUAGGACGCAUCCAUGGUCUGUCUUCAAAGUCAAAACAGAUUAAAUAAACUAUGAAUUACCUCUUAAAUUAAAUGCAAAGAUUUCUCUGGCUGAAUAUUGAAUAUUUGUGCAUACAGUAUUAAAAUACAUAAAUGUUUCAUAUGUAUGAUAGUGCUGUAUUAUAUACAUCUGGUAUUGGACUUUAGUUACUGUAUGGUGAAGCUUCAUGUGCACAGAGGUAUUUUCUUUUCUGGAUACACUACCUUUAUCUUGUAAGCAUUUUACUAUGUGCCAAAUGUACUGUCAUCUAAAGGAUGUGAAUGUUUUGUUUAACCUAUUAAAAACCCAAGAUGUAUGAAAAA